UUAGUAGACGCUAAACUCUGGUCAUGUCUGAAGCUGCACGGAUAUAAAUUCGAUCGGAUCGAAUAUUUCAGAUUGGGUGCUUGCUUCAUUGCGUAAUAAUUUAAAUUUAAAACGUAUGUACGCUGGUACUGAUGAUCUCCAUUCAGUGGUGUCUAUUUCGAGACGCUAAGAAGCCCCGCGGCUCCGGUUUCUAAUCAGUACGCCAACAUGCCGAUAUGCAAGUAUUUCCUAGAGGGCCGCUGUCGUUUCGGCAAUAACUGUUGGAACGAGCACCCCCGAGGCGGAGCCCACAGUAACAACAGGGGAAGCUGGGGAAAUCAGUUCCAGAAGCAUCAACCACGAUACAUUCAACCACCAACUUUCUCCAAAACGCCAACAUGGGGAAGCAGUGGCAGGGAUGUCGAGAGGAAAGGAUUUGGUUGCUCAGACACUGGGAAGAAAGCAGUUUCAAAUUCUACCAGCUUUAUACAGAACCGGUUUACAGUUCUGUCUAAUGAUAAUGAAGACCGCGAUGUGGACAGCUUACUGGAACUUGUAAGAAAAGACAUUGAAUCAUGGGAAUCUUCUGGACAGUGGCUGUUCUCCUGUUAUUCUGUUACCAGAGAAUACGCUUGUGUUUCAGGUCUUGUGGACAUCUCCCCUGAAGAACUUCGACUGGAAUAUUAUAACAGUAGGGCAGGAGGAAACUUACAACAUUAUGUUGAAUCUGUUAGACAAUUAUCAAAUCAACAUAGAAACAGGAUGCUGGAACUGAAGAAGCCAAAUUCAUCUGCAAGAGCAUCAAUGAUUACAGAAUUGAAAAAGCCCAACCAGCAGAAAGCACCAGUAGGUUUUGGUGGUGUGCAGCCUUCGGGCUUUAACUCAUCAGCUUUCACCUCUGCUACUGCAAGCAGCAACACAUUUAGUUUUAAACCAGAUGCUGGAUUAGGGAAUGUUACAGCAGCCCCUUCAUUUGGAAACUCAGUGGCAUCUACAGCCCCUCCACAGUCAGGAUUUGGAACUAAAGCAGCUGAUUCUGCCUCAGACUUUGGAAACAGACCUGCCUUUGGGACUCCUUCAGAUGCAGUGGCUUCAUUCUCAGCCUUUAGUAGUUCUGUAUCUAGUUCUGCGCCAGGUAUCUCCGUGUUUGGAAACUCUUCCCAAUUUGGAAGCAACACAACAGCUUCCAGCAGUUUUGGGAGUUCUGCAUCGACGGGAGCAGCCUUUGGGAGUUGUGUAAAAUCAACAACUGAUGCCUUUGGAGGUUUUGCAGCAACAGCAACAACAACAACAACUACUACUACUGAUUUUGGGGCAAUUCCAAUACCUGUCUCUCAGCCACAAAACACUCCUGUCAAUGGGUGUGAUGCACUGUACACACCCCAGACACAACUUUCAGCAGAGGACCUACAAGAAUUUCAAGCAAAGACCUUUACCCUAGGGAAGAUCCCGUUGAGGCCACCACCCAUUGAACUUUUGACUGAUUUUCAAGAUGUUUUCGCUCAUUAUCAUCCAACUAAAUUAUCAUCCUCAUUACAUCCAGGCCAUCUGGCUGGAUGGCUCUCUGACAAGAACAUCUGGAAUGAGCAAGUAUACCCCUACUGGAAGAAGAAUGACAUCCGGUGGAAAAGUUGCUGGAAAGGAGGAAAGGUUGUGGCUCACUUGGGAAAUGAUGGACCUACUCUGGUCAGAGCAAAUGUAACAUUCAGUCUGGUGCUAGAACUACCCAGGUGUCAAAAGGAGGAUGAUAGCGGUGACAUCAUUUAUGAUAGAAACUGCAAAAAUGUAUCUAUAUUCCUUCCGGGUCAAUACGUGUAUAACUGGACUUCCUGGAUUGAUGACUAUGGUUGGUUUAACUGCACCAGAUUUUCCAAAUGUAACAUCUUCCCAGAUGGACAAAUCUUUCCCAGACAAUUAGAUUGGAGACGCAGAAAUUUUGUUUAUAUUUGGCACACGCAAGGCCAAUACUAUCAAAGAACUGGGGGCACCAGUAUGACCCUUUCAAUCAAUACAACCAACAUCACUCUUGGUGACCAUUUGAUGGAGGUGUCCGUUUAUCGAAGAGAUCAUCAAAGAAGAAAAUACAUCCCCAUUGCAAUAGCAAGUGACCCAUACUCUGUUACAGAUCGCAUUCCUACUUAUGUGCAGAUUUUACAAAAAUACCAUCGUAACACCACUGAUAAGGUUUACAUUAAGGAUUUAAAUGUUAUCUUUGAUGUUAAGAUCAACGACCCCAGCAAUUAUUUGAAAAAUGCUGCCGUAUCCUAUAGUUGGAACUUUGGUGAUGGGUGUAAAUCUGCAUCAAAAAGCCCAACAAUUAUCCACAACUUUACCAAGACAGGACGCUUCAAUCCCAGGUUGACUGUUAAAGCAACCAUACCCGUUUCUUGUGAUUCUAUACCAACCACACAGAGCACUACAACCGGUCCAACCACUACAACUGAACCAACCACUACAACCGAACCAACCAUCACAACUGAACCAACCACUACAACCGAACCAAGCACUACAACUGAACCAACUACUAUAACAAAACUUACUACAAUGACUAACCUGUCCACUAGCCCUGAAGCUAACACUACAGGAAAAUUGACAACAGCUGACCCACCUACUACACGUAAACUGACCACUGCGACUGAAUCAGGAAUGACUGCUUCCACCCUAAGCCCAACGACCAGUUCGGAGCCCACAAAUGUUUCCACAACAACCAACGGUCCAUCACUAAUACUGCUGCUGAGGCGAGAGGCUUCUUCAGUCAGCUGUAACCUCUACAGAUACAGCUACUUUGAAACCAACAUCACAGUUGUGGAUGGUCUUUUUGCAGUCAAGAUUGCUGGAAUGUCCAACGUACACAUCUCCACUGGUUUUUAUCACAAAUCCACGGUGGACUUUGUUGUUACUUGUAAGGGCAGCAUACCUACUGAUGUGUGUUCCACGAUUGCGGAUCGCUCCUGCACGGUGCCACAGAGUGUAAUCUGUGAUCCUGUGAAGACUACUGACACUUGUAAGCUGAACCUUCGCCGAAGCUUCAAUGCAUCUGGCAUCUACUGUGUGAAUAUCACAUUGAAGGAUAACACCAGUUUUGCAAUUACUAGUACUCUUGUGUCAAUUGGAGAUCCCAUUGGGACUGCUACAGGUGUGCACGGUGUCCUAAUAUUUGCCUCUUACCUGGUGGUUCUUAUUAUUGGUGCGGCCUAUUUCCUUUAUAAGCGUUACAAGGAAUACAUGCCGAUUGUUAAACCAGCAAAGGGCAGAAAAGAACAACUGACGAUGAACAGCGUUAAUGCCUGUGUAUACUUCCGUAAGCUGAAUACCGCACUCCUCGGUGGGAAUGAUGAGAAAAGCCCACUACUGAAAAAAACUGCGAUCAUUUAAUCAGCAGGUCAUCCAAGCAGAUGUAUGCUUCGGGAAUAGUCUGCUUUUGGUAUGGUUAUGCAUAGGCCUUAAGCAUUAUUAAUAUAGAAUUACAUUACUAUCUACUCCUUAUGACUACAGUACAACAAAGUGCUUGAAAUCCACUUGUCACUCCUCUUCCCACUGCCUGAUGAUUGAAGACAAAUUGCAUUUAGAAAUAUUAUCAAUGUUCAUCUCUUACAUUUGAAAGUAAUUUUCUUUUUACUUUUUUUCCUCAAAUGAAUGGUAAAAUUCAUUCUAUUCUGCUAACUAAUAACAUUUUACUCCAUGUUUUAUAGAGAUGGCAAAAUGACAGUUACAUUAUAUUAUAUUACUAAUAGCUGUAGAUUGCAAAGAUCAGACUUCCAAUGACACCAUUAUGAUCAGAAUUUCU